AUGGUCUCCUUGUGGCCCUGGAGGGCCAACGACUCCUCCCCCGCCUCUUUUGAGAAGACGCUUUCCGCUCUUUCGGCGAAGAUCACCGACACCCAGGCGAGGCUCGAUGGCGCGCGCGCCACCUCCCGUCGCAUCAGGGUGCUGUGGUCGCUGUACCUCGCCUUCGCAUACCUCGUCUACUCGAUCGUCAUCUUCCUCGUGGUGGGAAUGAACAGCAUGGGCAUUUGGGAAUGGACUGGCGUCGCUGGAGGUCCGGUUCUAAUCUACCUUACGCGAACCACCGUCACUGCCCUCUUCAAUUACCGCAUCGAUUCGCUGUCUGUCCGCCUCAAGGAGCAGCAGGCCGAGCGUGCAAAGACCAUCCAGAAGCUCAAGGAAGCCACCAGGUACGACACCACCUUGGAGCUCCUUGAAAAGUAUGGCGGCGGCGAGGGCAAGGGCAAGGGCAGGAAGCAGAGCGCCGGCGAUGAGGACAAGAAGCAGCGGCAGCAGCAGCAGCAACAGGGAGGCGGUCAUAACAAGAGCGCCCCGGGUGGCCGCACGAACAUGCCCCCUCCGCCCACCGCCAACAUCCAGCGACGGGACGGUCCUUUCCCCGGCCAGGGUUCGCCUCCGCCCGGUUUCCCGGGUGGGCAACGCCCGCCCCAACCUCCGAACGGUCUCGAGCCCACGGAAGAGUUUGCCCCGAACGCAUAUGCCCACCCGCCGCCCCCGCCGAUGCAGUCGCAGCACUUUGCGCAGGCCGAUGGCAUGCCUGGCUCGUCGCACUGGUACGACCGCAUCAUGGACCUUCUCCUCGGCGAGGACGAGACCGCGUCCAAGAACAGGAUCGCCCUCAUCUGCAAGAACUGCCGGUUGGUCAACGGCCAGGCCCCACCGGGCACGAAAGCCCUGUCGGAAAUCGGUACGUGGAAGUGCAUGGGCUGCGGGGCCACGAACGGUGAGAUGGACGAAGGCAAGCGCAUUAUGCAGGAGGUCCUGGGCUCGCGGGCAGGCGGCGACGAAGUGCCCACGGGCGAGGAGUUCAAGGAGUCGGAUAGUGAUGAUUCCGACGCGGCGAUCAAGGAGGAAGACGGCGACCAACCCAACGGCGCGAAGGCGACGGGCCGACAGGGGCCUGCGGCGGGAACGAAGAAACGCAAGGGCAAGGGCGGGAAGUAG